AUGGUUGGCCCUUUCGUUUGCAGCUCCUUAGGGGGCAACCAGGCCAAACCAUCCAUUGACGGCUUGCCCAGCUGGAGGAAGGUAGAUGGAUGGGGGGAAACCACAGAGACCACCACCACCGAGGAAACCACCCCAGAGCCCAAGGAACCUGAAACAACUACGACCGAGGCCAAGACACCGUUUCCCGAACCAGAGCCCACAACAACAACCUUGCCUCCCACAACAAAGCCACCGGCCACAACUACCACCCAGAGUACAACGCCAAAGACGACACCCACCGAAACCACCACGACACAGAAGAAGACCACAGCAACAACGACCACCACAACUCCCUCAACUACCAUAACAACGACCACCCAACCACCUACCACAACAACACUGACCACCACACCAGCAAGCACUUCAACAACAACCACGGACACGACCACCACCAUCACUACCACUGUGUUGACACCUCUGCUCGUGGGAAGCAGGGCCGCAUCCGAGUCCAAAGCUGCUGGCCAAACGGUGGAGGAGCAGGCAGCUGCGGCGGCGAAGGCAGCCGUGGACUUUGCAGAGCAGCAGCAGUAUACCUUGCAGCAACAGUUCGGGGUGGCUGGGGCCGUGGCUGCGGCUGCAGUGGCAAGCAAUGGAGGCACCCUGGAAGAGCAGGCUGCCGCUGCUGGAGUGGAAACGGCCAAGGUGGGAGGCAGCGACGGCCAGACACUUGACCAGCAAGCCUCUGUUGCGGGACAGGCCGCAGCCGAGGUGGUGCAGAAGGCCAGUGGGUCAGCGGCUGCUCAAGCGGCGGCUGCAGGGGCGGCAGCAGCAGCUGUCGCCCGAAGUUACAAUGAGGGCACUGAGCAGCAAGCCGGCUUGGCCGGCCAAGCGGCCGCGGAUGCAGGGAGGCUGGCUGGCAUGACGCCUGAAGAGCAGACAGCCGCAGCUGGCAGAGCAUCCGCAAUGGCGGCAAAAGCAGAGGGAGCCUCUCCCAUUGAUGUCGGGCUGGAUGCCGGCGAAGUGGCAGCCAAAGCCGCUGCAGAGUCCGGUGAGGACGAAGGGGAGCAAGUAGAAGCAGCUUCGAAAACAGCGGCUGAGGCUGCCAAGUUUGCAGAAGGAACAGGCUUUGAGCAGGCUAUCAGCGCGGGACAGGCGGCUGCAGAAGCUGCCAAGACCCAAAUCCCAGAACAAAAGGCUGCAACUGCUGGCAAAGCAGCUGCCAGUGCAGCCAAAAGUGCUGGGCUGUCCGGCUCGGAGCAAGCAAAGCUGGCAGGAGAGUCGGCCUUCAAUGCCUCUGUACUGGCAGGCUUGCGGCUGGAGAAGCAGGUCUCAGCGGCGGGCGACGCUGCAGAGAAAGCAGCCAAAGCGGCUGGCAUGACGCAGGAAGAGCAGGAAGCAGCAAAAAACGCUGCCAAAGCAGCAGCAAGAGCUGCUGCAAACCCAGAGUCGGCACAGACGGAGACCAGCCCUCCAACCACAAAGACCACAGCCACCAAGGCACCCAGCAAGGCCCCUCAGGGUGAACCAGAUCCGUUAGACAAAGGCAAAGAAGCAGCUGAACGGGCCAUGGCUUCUGGCAAGCCCAUGAUGGAGCAGGCUGCAGCUGCAGGGGAGGCUGCAGCAAAAGCGGCCGAUGAGCAGCAGUACACUCCCACAGAGCAAGUUGAAACAGCUGGGAAGGCAGCAGCGGCAGCAGCUAAAGUAGCAGGCGCCUCUGAGCCCAAACAAGCUGAAGUGGCCGGCAUCGCGGCCGCAAAAGUGGCUGCUGCAGAUGGGCAAACCUUGGAGCAGCAGGCUACAGCUGCAGGCCAAGCGGCAGCCGCAGCUGCCAAGUCCAGGGGUGCUUCCGCCUCUCGGCAAGCUGCAGCUGCUGGACAGGCUGCGGCAGCCGUAGCACGCUUGAACAAUGAAGGAUCUGACAAACAAGCAGAGCUAGCAGGCGAUGCCGCCGCAGAUGUGGCUCAGGUUCUGGGAAUGACGCCGGAAGAGCAGACUGCGGCAGCAGGGAAUGCAUCAGCCAAAGCACUCAAAGCAGAAGGAGCCUCUCCUGUCGACGUAGGGCUGGAUGCCGCCGAGGUGGCCGCGAAAGAGGCCGCAGAGUCUGGUAAAGCCGAGGACGAGCAAGUAGAAACAGCGUCACAAGCAGCAGCACAAGCCACUAAGCUCGCCGGAGGAACUGGCUCUGAGCAGGCUAUCAGCGCAGGCCAGGCAGCCGCAGAAGCUGCCAAGACGCAAAUCCCGGAGCAAAAGGCUGCAACUGCUGGCAGAGCAGCUGCCAGUGCAGCCAAAAGUGCUGGGCUGUCCGGUGCAGAGCAGGCAAAGCUUGCAGGGAAGGCGGCAUUUGAUGCUUCAGCCUUGGCAGGGGUAAGGUUGGAGAAGCAAAUCUCUGCAGCAGGAGAUGCUGCGAUGGAGGCCGCUAGAGCGGCAAAUAUGACCAGCAGGCAGCAAGAAGCAGCCAAAGCGGCUGCAAUCGCAGCAGCGAGUCCCACCACAUCAACACUCCGGCCAACCACUACACAUGAGUCCACCACACUGAUGAUGACUACAGAGAGCACCACAACAGUGUCCAGGAUAAAGCCAGAGGAUGCCGGCAAGCAAGCUGCAGCUGAAGCAAAUGCCAUGGGCCAGCCCAUGAAAGAGCAAGCUGCUGCAGCUGCAGCUGCUGCCGCAGAAGCAGCAAGCGACUUGCAGUACACUCCGCGAGAGCAAGGCGAGGUAGCAGCAAAGGCAGCAGCAGCGGCCGCCAAGUCAACUGGGGCCACCGCGGCCCAACAAGCCACUGUAGCUGGAGCAGCCACUGCUAAGCUUGCAAGCGAACAGGGGCAGACGGUGGAGCAACAGGCUGCUGAUGCUGGCCAAGCCGCAGCAGAGGCUGCGAGGCUGGCAGGGGCCGGUGCUCACAAACAAGCAGCUGCAGCAGGACAGGCUGCUGCUGCAGCAGCGGCCGCCCAGAGUGAGGGAUCCGAGAAGCAGUCUGAGUUUGCGGGUGAAGCCGCAGCAGAGGCCGCCAAGAUGGCGAACAUGUCGGCAGAAGCCCAAGCUGAAGCAGCCGGCAAUGCUUCGGCCAUGGCAGCUAAGGCCAAUGGUGCCACGCCAGUGGAGGUGGGGGUCGAUGCUGGUGAAGUGGCGGCGAAGGAAGCCAAGCAAGCUGACGAGUCACCACUGGAGCAGGUGGAGGCAGCAGGCGAAGCAGCAGCAGAUGCUGCCAAAGCCACAGGGGCUGGGGCAGUGGAGCAGGCAGCCAGUGCUGGACAGGCAGCCGCUGAAGCAGCCAAGGAGGCCAAUGAGAUCCCACAGCAACAGGCAUCAGCGGCUGGCAAGGCAGCUGCCGAGGACGGAGUUGCACAAGAUCAGUGGGGCUGA